AUGAAGAAACGACGAGCGGCGAGGAAAACUUCGGCGAUGGUGACGGUUACCGAUUUGAAGCGAACGGAUUCCGGCGAAGAGACGAGAAUCGUGCGGAGGUUGAUGAAGUUUGAGGAGCUGCCUGCGUAUAUGAAGGAUAACGAGUUUAUUCACAACCAUUAUCGAUGUCAAUGGUCUCUCAGAGAUACCUUCCUCAGUGCUUUCUCUUGGCACAACGAGACUCUCAACAUCUGGACGCACUUGCUCGGAUUUCUGAUAUUUAUGUGGAUAACGGUGGUGAGUUCUUUAGAGACGACGGAGCUUGGCCUCGCCGGAAUCUUCAACGGCAUGUACGGAGCAAGGAUUAGCCUCUCAAGCAAUCAGACUCUGCUUCAUCAUGAUUCGAACGUGACACAACACAUCUCACUUCAAAAUGUUCAAGGAGAAGUGAACAAUCACAACCACCAAGGAGAUGUUAUUCCGAAAUGGCCGUGGUUCGUGUACUUAGCCGGAUCAAUGGCCUGCUUAAUCUGUAGCUCUGUUUCACACCUCCUCGCUUGCCACUCAAAAUGUUUCAACCUCUUCUUCUGGCGUCUGGACUACGCAGGGAUCUCACUCAUGAUCAUCGCCUCUUUCUUCGCACCAAUCUACUACGCUUUCUCCUGCAACCCUUACUUCCGUUUCAUCUACUUGUCCUCCAUCUCAAUCCUCGGCCUCCUCUCCACCGUCACUCUCCUCGCUCCGGCUCUCUCCACGCCGCGUUUCAGACCUUUCAGGGCAAAUCUCUUCCUCGCUAUGGGGUUCUCCGGUAUCAUACCGGCUUCGCAUGUGCUCUGCCUUUACUGGGGUCACCCUAACGUGUUCAUCGCGCUAGGUUACGAGCUUGCCACGGCUGUUUCUUAUGCUUUGGGGGUGGUGUUUUACGUUAGCCGUGUCCCUGAGAGAUGGAAGCCUGGAACGUUUGAUAUUGCAGGACAUAGCCAUCAGAUAUUCCAUGUGUUUGUAGUUUUGGGUGCUCUUGUUCAUUGUGUUGCUACUCUUGUCAUCGUUGAUUUUCGACGGGCUUACCCUUCUUGUGGGGUUUAG